AAAGAAAUGGUUAAAAAUAAAAUGAUGCGAGGACUCGACUUUAAAGAAAAAACUUUGGGUUGAGACUUGUAUCAAAGGAAAAUUUUCCACUCUACCUAAAAGCCAUGGACAAAUAAUCUCAACCCAAGUGCUCCAGAUAAUUCACAGUGACGUGUGUGGCCCAUUUGAGAAUGAAUCAAUGGCCGGAUCAAAGUAUUUCGUAACAUUUAUUGACGAUUAUACAAGAUACUGCUGUGUAUAUUUCUUAAAAGAAAAGAGCCAAGUAAUCGAUAAAUUCAAGGAAUAUAAAAACUAUGUUGAACUGUUUCAUAAGAAGAAAAUUCAAAAUCUACAAUCUGAUAAUGGAGGCGAAUUUAGGUCUAAAGCGUUUGACAAAUUCCUUAAAGAUGCAAGAAAGAAGAAAGAAAUGGUAUAAGCUGAAGACUAUCUGCACCUUUAUACCUCACAGCAAAAUGGCAUGAGUGAAAGGAAAAAUCGGUCGCUGAUGAAUAAAGCCAGAUGUCUGAUGCUAGAUGCCAAUAUCCCUGCAAAGUUUUGGGCAGAAGCAGUGUACGAUUUACAACCAUACAGGUUCAACAUGCAAAACACGGUGGAAUAACAUAAGAGACAACUAUCGAAAAUCGUUGAAGAAGACGGAAACUAAAAGUGGACAAAAGAAGACCAAUGUUAAAUUAUACAAGUACUAUGAACAAUUACAUUUUUUGACAAAAUAUUUCAAUGAACGACCGACAGUACAAAGUGUAGAACCAGAAAAAGAAAAUUCUGACUCCGAAACCAUCGAGCCUCGAAAUACCGUAUCCAUUUCACCUGAUAUACCCAAUGUCGCUAGUAACGAAGCAUCCAUUCCAUCACAAAGCUACGUAUCCACUCCAUCACCACAGUGCGUCCGCACUCCCACACCAUCACCAAGCCAUGUAUCCACUCCAUCACCACCAUCACUGUCGUCUCCAUCUACUACAUCUACUUUAAGAAAGAGAAAAGGUUCGACAAAAUGCACACCAAAACCAUCCUCAGCAUCUUGAUUAAUGGAAUAAGUUCUUCAAAAAAAUCAAGAAAAAGCUGAACGCGUCGAGCACCCAGUUGAUGCUUUUUUAAAUGGUAUUGCACCCACACUGAAGAAUUUGAAUCAAUAUUACUUAAAUUUGGCUAAGACUGAAAUAUUUACUACUGUGCAAAAAUAUGAAAUGAAGAGGAUGACAGAGCAAAAUGUACCAUUAUAUCCAAGAGAUAUUGCAACUGAACCAACAAAUACAAAUCUCACAUCGCAAUCUAUUCUUGACUCUACUGGAUUGGCUAAUAUAGUAGAUCCCACAAAAUCAUACCUUCAACAUAGUGAUGUGCAGCAAUUUGUUAUGAACUACACAGUUAACGAAUGAUAAUGCUCUAGAACUUAACAAAGUGUUAAAAGUAUAAUGUGUUUAUGUGCCACAUACGAAGUAAUAAAACUGAUUUAAAUACAUA